AUGGAUAGGCUUGAUGGACCACCACGUCUCAUACUAGUUGCUGAUCUCGACUGCACGUUGGUUGAUCACGAUGAUCCUGAAAACACACAUCUCCUAAGAUUUAACGCGCUAUGGGAAGCUCACUAUCGCCAUGACUCAUUGCUUGUUUACUCCACCGGAAGGUCUAUGCGUUCUUACUUGAGCCUAAGGAACAAGAAACCGUUGCUGACUCCGGACAUCGCCAUAACUUCUGUCGGUUCUGAGAUUGCAUACUGUGGCGAGUCGAUAGUGUUUGAUGAUGUUUGGGUGGCUCGUUUGAGUGAAAUGUGGAACAGAGACAUUGUCGUCGAGGAAACUUCUAAGUUCUCUCAACUUGAGCCACAGCCAAAGAGGAGUCAAGAGCAGCACAAAGUGAGUUUUUAUGUGGAAAGAGAACAUGCUGUGGAAAUAAUGAAGGUUCUCCCAGGGAUACUAAUGGAGCGUGGGGUUGAUGUGAAGAUGGUUUAUAGCAACGACUACGCUUUCGAUGUUUUACCAGGAGGGUCUGGCAAAGGAGGGGCUCUGACUUAUCUACUUGAAAAGUUGGAGAAUGAGGGGGAGCAAUCUUCUAACAUACUUGUUUGUGGUGACUCUGGAAACGAUGCUGAGCUUUUCAACAUUUCUCAAGCAUAUGGUGUAAUGGUUAGCAAUUCACACAAAGAACUAUUGCAAUGGCAUGAAGAAAAUGCAAAGGACAACCCAAAUAUAAUCCUUGCGUCCGAGAGAUGUACAGCUGGCAUCAUAGAAGCCUUGCAAAGGUUUAAUUUGGGACCAAGCGUCUCUCCAAGAGAUGUUUUGGAUGCUGAACGUUUCUACAAGGAGAUUUUGGAUCCUGCUCAUGAGGUGGUUCAGUUUUAUUUGUUGUGCGAGAAAUGGCGAUGUGGGGAGGUGGAGAAGUCUGAUAAUUACUUGCAGAACUUGAAAUUACUCUCUAGUCCACUUGGUAUGUUUGUACAUCCGUCUGGAGUGGAGAAAUCGAUACAUGAAUGGAUAGAUGAUUUGGAAAAUUUACAUGGAGAAGGCAAGGAAAAGCAGUUUCACAUUUGGUUGGAUAAAGUUUCGUCUUCUCGAAUCAGCUCAGACACAUGGAUUGUAAAAUUUGACAAGCAUGAGUUAUCUGAUGGAAAAGUACGGUCUUGUUCCACAAGAGUCUUACUGAGUUGUCAGGAUGAAAAGCAAAAUCUGACGUGGAUGCACAUCCACCAAUCUUGGUUAGAUGAUUCCUGCUCAGAUGAUCAAGAAACAUGGAUUUUCUGAAUCCGUACUGUGACAUAUUAAGAUGAUACCUGUUUGGUACAGAAGCUAACCAAAAGAGCAUAGUGUUUGUGUUAUGUAUUGGCUUCAUGAAUACUCUUUUGCAUAUCUUGAAAAGUAUAAAUAAGGAAGACUGUGCCCUAAUUGGUACGUCUUUGGAUCACAAUUGGUUUGUUUAGGACCCUUUAGGUCUCUACAACAAAACCAUACACUUCUUUGGUUUAUGUAGAUAACUCUUGGUUUGCUUAUUUUUCAUUUUUUUUGUCUUCGUCCACUUCAAGAAAGAACUGGUUUGUUCCUUUUCUGGUUUACAUGAUUUGUUUUGUGCUA